CCCGUCCCCCCGGGGGUGCGGGGCGCGGCCAGCCCGGCCCUGAGCCAGGCGGGCGGGCGGCGGCGCGGCUGGGCAGGUGGCUGCGGCUGGAAGAUGGCGCCCUCGGGCUCGGGCAGCGUCCGGCGGCGCUGCCGGCGGCUGCUCUACUGGAUCCCGGUGGUGUUCAUCAGCCUCCUGCUCGGCUGGUCCUACUACGCCUACGCGCUGCAGCUGUGCAUCGUGUCCAUGGAAAAUAUUGGAGAACAAGUUGUGUGCCUGAUUGCUUAUCAUCUACUAUUUGCAAUGUUUGUCUGGUCAUAUUGGAAAACUAUCUUUACAUUACCAAUGAAUCCUUCAAAAGAAUUCCAUCUCUCUUAUGCAGAGAAAGAAUUGUUGGAGAGAGAGCCAAGAGGAGAGGCUCAUCAGGAAGUUCUUAGGCGAGCAGCCAAAGAUCUUCCCAUCUAUACCAGGACUAUGUCUGGAGCAAUCCGAUAUUGUGACAGAUGCCAACUCAUAAAACCAGACCGCUGCCACCACUGUUCCGUCUGUGAUAAAUGCAUUUUGAAGAUGGAUCAUCAUUGCCCAUGGGUGAACAAUUGUGUUGGAUAUUCAAAUUAUAAAUUUUUCCUCCUUUUCUUGGCUUAUUCUUUGCUAUAUUGCCUUUUUAUUGCUGCAACAGAUUUACAGUAUUUUAUCAAAUUUUGGACAAAUGGUCUACCUGAUACCCAAGCCAAGUUCCACAUUAUGUUUUUAUUCUUUGCUGCAGCUAUGUUUUCUGUCAGCUUGUCUUCUCUGUUUGGCUAUCAUUGUUGGCUAGUCAGCAAAAAUAAGUCUACACUAGAAGCAUUUAGAAGUCCAGUGUUUCGACAUGGAACAGAUAAAAAUGGAUUUAGCUUGGGCUUUAGUAAAAAUAUGCGGCAAGUUUUUGGUGAUGAGAAAAAGUACUGGUUGCUGCCCAUUUUUUCAAGUCUAGGUGAUGGCUGUUCCUUUCCAACUUGCCUUGUUAAUCAGGAUCCUGAACAACCACCUACUCCUGCAGGAUUGAAUGCUGCAGCUAAAAACCCUGAAAACCAUCAAUUUCCUGCAAAGCCUUUGAGAGAUUCCCAGAGUCACCUUCUUACCGAUUCUCACUCUUGGAUAGAGAGCAGCACAAACCUAGGAAAAGGCAAAGCUGGUAUGAGCAAUCCUGCAUUAAUCAUGGAAAAUGAGACAUAAAUCUUCAAACAAAACUCCUACUUUAUGAAAGUAUUCACGUCCAGACAGAUGGAAGAGACUUCUCACAGGAAGGCACAGUGGCUCUCUGUUCCUAUUUCCCUUUGGCUGGAUGGAUGUACAGAACAUGCUUAGUUCUAUUCAAGCCAUUGAAAAUACAUCAACACAUUGUUAUCUAACAUCCUGAUGAUUUUAGUUAACACAAUUUCCUGUAAAAUGUCGUAAUUAUCACAUAAGAAUCAAGUGUGAUUCCAGGGGGGGGGGAAAAAUCCACAGGCCAGCUUUCACCAAACAUUUCGGUAACUCCAAUUUAUCAGACACAGUGUCUAUUAUUAUUAUUAUUAUUAUUACUGUUAUUACUACUACUAUUAAAUUUGGAAAUUGAGACUGUUCAAGUAUUAAUAUGUAAAAGACAAUGUCACAUAAUAAUGAUUAGCUUUUUUCUUUUCCAUUUUGUUUCUGGGCCACAUCUGGCGAUGUUCAGGGGUUACUCCUGGCUCUGCACUCAGAAAUCACUCCUGGAGGUGCUCAGGGGAUCAUAUGGGGUGCCAGUUGUCAACCCCAGCUCAGCCGCAUGCAAGGGAUACACCGUACUCACUGUACUAUCUCUCCAUCCCCAGUAAUGAUAAGCCUUGUCUGUAAAAUCUAUUACUACCUAUGAAAAUGUGAAGGUAGCAAAUGAAACUACUUUUGAUAUGAAUCCAGCCUCAGGAGUGAGUGAAAUCAUAACUAUGAUUUCGUUGCAAAGUCCAUGUGACCUACAGUUGAAGAUCACUAUUCAGAUUGUGCCAACCACUUUAAUACAAUUUUUGCUUUUGUUUACUACUCAAAAAGAAGUAAUCACUGAAGCUUGAUCUCAUUAAUAAGCAAUUUUUUGUCAGAACUACUACAUUUCUAUUACAUCAGAAACAUUUUUCAUCUCUUCUAAUCAUCUUAAAUUAGGGUAAAAUCUGUAUUAGCAAAUAUAAAGAUUGGUUUGUCCCAUUUUUUAAACUACCUUGUUUUAAAAUCUAGGCAAUUUCUCUCAUCGAAAAUAGCAGAAACUGAAGAAUUCCUGGUAGGUCAUUAUAUGAAUCAUAUUAUUAAUGACUCAUGUCCUCUCUCAUCAAAAGCAUGACAAACUGUAUAAGUUCUCAAAUACUUAAGAGAAAAACUAUGAAAACUCUCAGACAAAAACCAUAUACUUUCAGUAUGAAAUGUGAACUAAAUGGCAACUGAGCUGUUUGGAAAUUGAGCUUCAGAGAACUAAAUUGGUGUGUUUGUUGAUGCCAAAAUGCCAAAAUGUUUGGCUUCAGUAAAUAUACUAAGAAGCUCUUGUGCCUUGUAUGCACUAACAUAAAUAAUGUUUUGUUUUAUUCUUUUAACAUCUGAAUUGUUUCAUAAACAUUAGUAGUUAGAAUAAACUGACACACUGUAAAAAGAUAUUGGGAAAUUUAAGCAAAUUACCUCUUAAAACUAUACACCUAAGAAACAAGUAUUUAAUCACAGAGAAAGAAAUGGUGUUACUUGUUUCCUUACCUGAUUAGACAAAAAAACACGAUAUAGAACAGAAGACUAGAGGAUAAUGGAGUAAAAGAUGUGUACAAUUACCCACCCUUGCUAAGACAUACAGAGAUUAAAUGAGUUUGCAGAAGAACCAGUAUCAGCCCAAUCCAUUUUAUAGAUCAUUUGAGUGCAAUUUUUUGAAACAGUAGGAUAAGAAUCUUUUUCAUAUAUUUUUAAGGAUAAAGAUUUUGAUCUGACAAUCUGUUUCAAGAAGUCUCAGAUGAUACAUUUUAAAUUUAAUCUUCACUUAAAGUAUUUUCUGGUCAUUUUUCACUACCUGAAGUGCCAGGUCAGAGCCUAUUGCUAGAAGUCUUAAGGGCAACAGCAUCAUGUGAUGUAUUAAGAAUUAUGUGCAGCCCAAUUUUUUCCAAAGCACAGCAUUAUAGCUGUUUUUACAAGACAGGAUUCUAUUAGGUGUUCCCUCUUAACCUAGGAGCUAUGAAACAAAAGGAGGGAUUUUUAUUCUCUACCUUGCUAGAGUACAGUUAAUCCCCACCCACAUUGUUCAGUCAUCAUAUUGAAAUACACAGUGAGUACAUGCUAGCCAGCUUUAAAAAAUUGUCAAAACUAAAUUUUUUUAAUUAAAUUGCAUUUGCUCCCUUUUUGUUUUUAUAGAAUGAUAUAUUUCCUGGUUUAGUUUUUAGUUCCAGGGAGUUAAUAGUUUUUAGAAAUGACGCAGUAUAAAUUUUACCUGUGUGAAAAAAAGCAUUAGAUUUUGUACACAUUUAUAAAAUGUACUUUUAAAAGUCUUUUUAUUUUCCCUGUUUUUGAAGGUCUACCACAGGUAUAAAUAUUUAAGAAAAUUUUUAUUUAACAUUUUUACAAAUGUUUCAUCUGUAUUAGUUAACUACUGAUACGGUGAAAGAGGGUGUUGUUUUUUUUCAGACCUAAAUAAAAGAGAAAUUGCAUCUAAAUACAAUGAUACUUUCAAGCAAAUGUUUAUCAAUUAGUUCUGUUAUACCAUAGUAAAACUUGGUUAGUCAUCUUCAUUAGCUGUCUAUGAAAUUGCCUUUGCACUGACAAUCUAAACUGCUCUAAAGAUAUACUUUUUCUAUUACUCUACAGAGUUAAAUUCAUGUCUGUAACCUAGUCAUAAAGUAAAUCUUUUGGUAAGUGGGGAAUGAGAAGAUGAGGUAAUUACUCACUAUUGAAAAAUUCUGAGUUCAAUUAGAAAAAGGCAGGAAAAAUUACUCUGUAAUUAACAACUAUUGUAAAUUUGACAUAUGUUUGACAAAAACUAUUUUCCCCAGGGAAAUUAAAAUAGAAUUCAUUAACCAUAUAUGUUAAAAAAAAAUAAGCUUGUAAUCAUUUAUCUUCAAGAAAACAAGCUGUGAAGACAACCUGUUAUUCCUAUAUAUAUAUAGGAAUCUAUAUAUUUUUUUGGGUGGGGGGGGCAAUGCUCAGGGUUGGCUCUGCACUCAAGAAUUACUCCAGGCAGUGCUUGGGGACCGUGUGGAUGCCAGGGAUCAAACCCUGGUUGGCCGAGUGCAACACAAGCGCCCUACCUGCUGUACUAUCACUCCAGCCCCUCCAAUAUAAUAAACUAGUUAUUUUCCCUACGCUGAAGUACAUGUAAACUUGCAGAUUGAUUCUGAUUAUACUGUUCUGAUUAUACUGCUAUAUGCUUCCAAUAUCAAAUACUUACCUGUAAAAAUGAUAGUUCAAAUGCUAUUUGAAUAGCAUUAUUAUAUAAUAUGAAUUAUUUCAAGUAAACCAGAGUGUUUAUACAAAUCAUCUUACAUUGUAAACUGUGAUAAAGGAUGGUCACUCAGCCCACCAUCAGUCAAUAAAUUCUCAUCUACCACUAAUAUAAAUGAUCUCAGCCCUCUGAGCGCUCACCAGCCCCAAAGUGCCACAUUUCAACAAAGAAAUUUCACAAGUAACAGCAUCAUUAGGAAAGAUCCUUCUGUAAAAAAAUUGAAGAAACUGCUUAAAUUCCAAAUGUCUCAAGUUUUAUCUCCUUUUCCUUUAUUCACCCAGCUUGUACUUACUUUCCUCUUAAGUGGAAAUAGACAAUGUUAUACCAUUAAGUAUUAUUUUAUAGUUACCUAGAAUUUUUUCACCUUGUUGGUAAAAAUGCAGAUUCUAAUUUUAACAAUUUUGGCUACUUCUCUCUUAGUGAAAUCAUUAAAUACAUGCCAAGAGUAGAGACAUAUUCACAUUUUAGCUUUUGGUUUCCCAUUAGAUUUUCUCUAAGAGUUUAUUGGUAAGAAUCUUUUUUUGUUAAACAUAUAUAUAGCCCUAACCAUAACACUUCUCUUUUCUCCCUGCCAUGAUAAAUUUGUUAUAAUAGUAUCCUAAUUUGUAUGAACAUCAUUGAUGUAAUGAACCAAAAUAGGCUGUCUCAAAGGAAUUCCCCCGGAUCAAAAUCUAUGACUGAAAUACUUUCAAGCAGUGCUCAGUGUAGGAAGUGCUGAAGUAGAAUGCUUUUAUCAUCCUUGUAAGAGAUUGUGAAUAAAGACGCUCUACUAGAACACAAUCUAGGUAAUAGAAGCCCCUUCUCUAACACACUCAUUUGCUCUAAUAAUAAAAUGUUCAAAUAUGACUGCCUGGGAAUUGUCACUAGACCACUUAAAAUGACUUGCAGUCCUAUCUCACUGCAGAAAAGUGGUAACAAAAAUAAAAUUGGUGGCAGUUCCAAAGCUCAUUGAUGUUUUUGUCAGACCAAACAUUCACUACUUCUAUAUUAUUUGGAGUCUGGGGAUGUUAAGAUUACCUUUUAAGUUGGCUCCUUCUUGAGUACCAGUUAAACCAAAGGGGGCCUUUUUGAUAUGUGAUUUCGAGCUAUGCUUUAUAAAGGAGUUCCUUACUGCUCAGAAAGUACUCUUAGGAUUUAUGGAAACAAAGUACAACUUAUGUUGCAUCUCUUAGGGAAAGCUUAACAGUGUUAAGAGCUCAAAGUUGAUCUGAUUUCAUUAGUACUUAAAAGUUCUUGUUGGAAGAAUAAAGGUGCUUAACAAACUUGAGAGGGGGAAAAAACAAUACUCUGCUUAAGAAAAAAAUACUACAAAAUUGAAUUGUUGUGAUACUGAAUUAAAUAACUUAUCACAGAAAACUGCAGUUGGGUGUUUUUUUUUAAAAUUGUAUUAAGGCUAAUGGUAUUUUAAAUUUCACAUCUUUUUCUGUCUGAAUAGCCUCCUACCAAU